AUACUGCAGCCCCUCCAGCACCCGUCUCUCCAGCCCUACCUUGUUCUCACCUCCCAUCAACUCCUCAUUGUUCAUCUCGGAGGGAUGGCGGGUACUAAUCAGACUUCAGAAAAGUUAUUUCCUGAAGACCGGACUCCCACACUGAGUUUUCACCCAAGGCUCCAUUCAUUUAGCUCCCAUAUGACUCAUAUCCUCGUUCGUCCAUCCAUCGGACUCCUUCUUUUAUUAAGUCUUUACAUUCAUGUGGUGUGGUCCUUGCUAGUAAAACCUCAGUUCCAAACAGAUAAAUCAGGCUGAAAGUAAACCUUUGGAAUGGCUUUCACCUUAAUCCUAAAUAAAAUAUAAACUCUCUCUGCAACUUGUAAAGGGAAAUUCAGCCAAAUGAUACUUUGAGAUGUUUAUUUAUCCUGUGUGGAUCAUUUUUGAGCCACUGAGCAUUGCUGAAAAUUCAUGAUAAAUUUGAAGUUGUGAAUAUUUUUUGACUAAAAAUCCUUUAAGUUGGAAAAUUAUCCCCUCUAAAAAGGGUAGGAUUAUCUAUUUAAACAUUAUCCUGAGGAUUUUUUUUUCUCACCCAGAUACUGUGACUGUUUUUAUUUAUAAUCAUGUAACACCUCUUUGCAUCCUGUUACACUUUUUCCAGAUCUGUAGGGCGGAGACUAAUGGCCCUUGACAUUGAAAGUCUCCUGAAAGAAAUGCCACUUUUUAGCUCUGCUGUUAAGGUACGAGGACUUGCACUCUAUACAAACCUUUGGAUCUUUUCCCCCAAUUUGGUAAGUCCUGUGGACAACUGGAUCACUAUAGGAAAAUAUUAGAAAUGACACCAACGUCAAGAAGAAGGAUAUGUCGUUUUUGUCAAUCUACUGUGGUUCAUUUUUGUGAACAGAACAUAAACGCGAUCUAAUUUACACAGUACACCAGUGCAUGUUUUUUUUUUUUAUCUUACAAACAAGUGAAAGAAACUUAUAAAGUAUUAGAGAGCCUUUGGUUCAUGUGAAAGGCAAAGUCACAGACAGGGAGGAGGAUUAUAGGAAGGUCUCCGAGUUGCUCCUUAUCACGCUGUAACAUCCAGCCUGCGGGCGCACUCAAGACGCUUCUUCGAGCUUCAAAGGGAAGAAAGGAAAACUCAUGGAAAACAAAAUGCACGGGAAGAUGAGCGCCAUCAGCACCACGUCGAUCGCUGAUUCAACUGAUUCGAAAGUAAGCAACUUGAUUGAUGUUGGAUACAGCAGGUCUGUCAAAGUGGUCGCGCGUAAUUUGGGAAGUCUAGAUCCUUUAAUUCAUGGCUUAAAUUCGAGUGGGGACUGCUCGGUUUAUAAGGACUGCAAUUCUAUUGAGGCGUCAGUUUCUGCAAAACAGUCUUAUGACAGCAACAGUGACUAUUUAAAGUCUGCUGGUGUUCCCUGGGAAGAAUUUGUUAAACAUCAGAGGACCAGCGCAUCUCUGUCGGAAAGUUUGUCUGCCGCAAAUCUAAGCCUGUCAUCCACACCCGGAACUUGUAAGUUCAUUAAAGACGAAAAGGAGCCCGCUGUGAUUAUGGACACCCCCUGUCCGAAGUUUGACACAUCACCUGAGAUCCGUACUCUCGACACCUGCUGCGAAACCGACAGCAAGCAACACCUGGGGCUGGAAGUAAUUCCCCGUCCACGGAUGGAGGGCUCUCCUAACUUUCUUAUAGAGCUGACCAAGCCAGAGCAGCUGGGGAACUCCGGAAGAACCGACUCCAGGUGUGCUGUGUCCACCCAUUCCCAUUCCCCCGCGCCUCACGCCACUUCACGUUGGCAGAUCCAAACCCCUACUUCUGAGCCUCCGUACUGGCUCCACACCGCAGCUAUGACCGAGACGGACGCCUUUCCAACCAGCAGCUACGAAGGGAUUCAGAACCACACCCAGACCCAGAGGAACCCUUCACCUUUCUCCACCUUUCCAGGGUUGCAGCCUCAGAGAAUGUGUGUUAUCUGUGGUGAUGAAGCAUCUGGCUGCCACUAUGGAGUCCUAACGUGUGGGAGUUGCAAAGUAUUUUUCAAAAGGGCAGUGGAAGGCCAUCACAGCUAUCUCUGCGCUGGGCGAAAUGACUGCAUUGUGGACAAAAUUCGGAGAAAAAAUUGCCCUGCAUGUCGCCUCAGAAAGUGUUACCAAGCAGGAAUGAUGCUCGGAGGCAGGAAACUGAAGCGCUUUGGAGCCUUGAAGGCCUUAGGCUUGGCUCCGUCCCUGAUGUUCCAGUCCCAUUUGGCCAUGUCCGGAGAUGGCCAGGCCUUGACCUCCAUGUCUUGUGUACCAAGCAUCCAUGAGCUUCAGCUUUCCCAACAAAUCAUUAACAUCCUGGAAAACAUCGAGCCUGAGAUUGUGUACUCUGGUUACGACAACUUACAACCCGAAGUUCCCCAUCUUCUCCUCAACAGUCUCAACAGGCUGUGCGAGAAACAGCUGCUGUGGAUUGUCAAGUGGUCCAAGUCCCUGCCAGGUUUUCGGAAUCUUCACAUCAACGAUCAGAUGACUCUAAUUCAGUACUCGUGGAUGAACCUGAUGGUGUUCUCUCUCGGGUGGCGCUCUUUUCAGAAUGUCACCAGCGAAUAUUUAUACUUUGCGCCUGACCUGAUUCUUAGCCAGGAGCAAAUGAGGAGAUCCCCAAUAUAUGACCUCUGCCUGGCGAUCCAGUUCAUUCCUCAGGAGUUUGCCAACCUACAAGUGACCCGUGAGGAAUUCCUCUGCAUGAAAGCUAUAAUAUUACUCACCACAGUGCCUCUUGAAGGUCUGAAAAGUCAGGCCGCAUUUGAGGAAAUGAGACAAAACUACAUACGAGAGCUGUCCAGAGCCAUUCACAUGAAGGAGAAGGGCAUGGUGGCCAGUUCCCAGCGGUUCUACCACCUUACCAAACUGAUGGACGCCAUGCAUGAUAUAGUGAAGAAGGUCAACCUGUUCUGUCUGAGCACCUUCAUCCAGGCCGACGGCAUGAAAGUGGAGUUUCCAGAGAUGAUGUCAGAAGUCAUCGCCUCUCAACUUCCCAAGGUGCUGGCUGGGAUGGUGAAACCCCUGUUGUUCCACACGAAGCAGUAAUGCAGACAUCAUUAUGGUGGUGGCCUUUGACUGGAUUACUGCUGCAGAAUACUUAAUUCUUCAGACCCUGCAUUCUGCUGUAGUGUAAACUAUGAUAAAUGCCUCCAGGGAAGGCAAAAAAAAAAAAAAUAAAAUAAAAAAAUGGAUUGACAUGAAUGUAAAGUGCCUACAAAAGCAUGAAUAUAUUUGAAUGUUUAAUUUUCAGUUUUUAAUCAUGUUACAAAAACAAACUUAAAUAUAUUUUAUUUGGCUUUUCUGUAACAGACCAACAUAAAAUAAUAUUUUGCUGCACGUCAAUAUCUAAAGUAGGGGUCAUGUUAGCCAAAUGUUUUCCAUCUUUGAUUGCUUUUUUUAUUAUUUGAAACGGUGACAGAAAAAUCUGAGGGCCAUCCGUCAUUUUGUCAGAUUAAAAUUCACACUCCUGAUCAACUCGUGUAGUAGUAGACGUGUUUAACUUUACGCGCAAAGUUCAGCUAAUUAAGGCCGUGUCCACACUGAGACGAUUUUCAGUGUAUCUGCAAAAGAUUUUUGUUGUUUAGGCAGUGCGUUCACAUGGAUUCAGGGUCUUGUGAGACCAAACUAUGAUUUUUGGUGACGUUGAAGCUCCAUUUGUUUGGUUUGGUGUUUUUGUGUCGUUCUGUGGUAGUACUACAGCGCCACCGAUUGGCCCGGCAUACCUAUUACAUAUAUUUUUGUGGUGUCCUGUCAUGUAGGCCCACAUUUAUUUAUUUUUUUUAAGUAUUUCCAAAAAUGUAUCGCUCAUUCUCCUCAUUUAGAGGGUUUGUCAACAUUUGAUCACGUCAGUUGGAGAAAUGUUCCCUAAUUUCAAAACACUGGCAGAAGUGGCUUGUAAUUCCAGUCUCUAGUUUAGCAGCAGAAAACAGAUUCAGUUUCCAGAUCAACAUCAAAAUUCCCAUGAGAAGUCAUCUGUUUGAGGUAAAUGUGACAAUAGAGUCAGCAGCAACUCUCCUUGAAACAUCUGACUACGGACAAGUGAGGAAGCGAUUCCGGUCCUUCCAGGACUAUAAGUUCAGGCUAGAGCAGAUGCAUUGUUUGUAAUUUAAGAGCCAUAAUUUUAUUGUUUUUACAUAUUGGUCCCAGAAGUCAGGACCAAUAUGUCCUGACUUCUUGUGUCACAGUGGAUGCAUCCGUCUGCUUGAUAAAUGAUGGAACUAUAUGGAUUCUCUUAUUCGAGUUGAAUAUUAGUUAAAGUGAACUGAAUGUCCAAUAGUCUCGUUGUUUCCUGAACAACAGAAUAUCUGUAUUAAUAAUGAAAUAAAAAUGAAACACAAACCAUCUAUUUUUCAUCAACUGUUAGAUGCCACUUUGACUUGGUCUAUGACAUAAAAUCACAAUAAAAUGUAUUAAAGGUUGUGGUUGUUACAUAGCGAAAUCUGAAAAGGACGUAACCAUUUUUGCAAGGCACUGUAUCAUAAACUCAAUACAGUGUCUUCCUUCCACAAGUAUUGUUUUUUUUUUGGUAAAGAUGUGUAAAAAUUUUUAUUUUUAUUUUUAGUAAGUCCUCUGACAUGUUCAGUCAUGUUGCUAUUUUCUUUAAGCAAUAUCUUGAUCAACAAGCAUUUGCCUUACUUUAUCUGCUCUCUUGUUUUUCAAAUUUUGGAGAACAACCACAAAAAAUAGGCCUGUUUGUCAUUUCAUAUUUAGUACCCAGGAACACAGGUGGGCCUCUAAUGUAAAAUACAUCAUUUUAAUACAUUUAAAUGAUGUAUUAAGAUUUGUUUUAAUCAAUUUAAUCAAUGUGCUCAAAUUAAAUAGAUAAAAAAAAAAUCUGUGUGAUAUUUUAGUGCUACGAUAGAUAAAUUUUAAAAACUUUUUACACAUCUCCACCAAGGUGACAAUAAUUGUGUUAGGUCCUGUUAAGCAUCCGUCAUUAAAUCUUUUGUGUGUUGUUGUGUAUCAAACAUUUUCCAUUCUGUCACUUGUGUUUUAUCCAAUUGCAACAACACAUUAGAUUAUAAACAAAAGAAAUAUCUGAAAUACUGAUAUCUUUGUACUGAAGCUGCAAAAAAUAGAACAAAAUCUUGCCGUUAUUGUGCAGAACAACUGCAUAGCUUAUGGACAUGUGCAAAUUCAAAGUGGGCAGGCAGAGAAAACUGGAGAGAUAUCUUACCCUUUGUCAAAUAUUUGCACAGAAAAAUAAAACUAAAACAACUUGCAUAUGUGCACAAAUAGCCAUUUUUAUUUUCAGAACAGAGCACAAUUAAUCAUAUUUAUCAUUUAAAGAAUGAUGAAUAUUUAUAGUUUACUCAAGCCAGUGAAGUUCUUGAAAAGGUAACAUUAGUUAAAAAUGUUUCAUCAAACCUUUUCACAUUAAAAAUGUAACUAAUCAAUCAAACCUCGACACAUAAUCCCAUAUUAACACAGCAUUUAGAUUUCGGUGGUUGAACAGGUUUAGGUUCUCUAUCCAACAUGUAGAUCUCAGUUGCAAUGAAAAUUUAUUUUCUCCUCAUAUAUUUCUUCUGAUUUUGCUUUAUUUGCCAGACGUAAAAGCUUCAGAUGAUCAAACUAAUAUUAAUGUAAUUUCAGAUCAACCUGGAAAAACAUUAAAAAGCUGUAUUUUAUAACAGCCUCAUUGGUUUUAAGGGGAAAAAGCUAUUGAGACUUAUAUACUCCUAUGUGAAAACAGGCAAUGCCCCCACCGGCCAAACAUGGUGGUGGUAAUGUGAUGAUCAGGAGCUAAACAUUUCACACUACUGUCUACCUCAGGACUUGGUGGCUUAACCACAAAUAAUCUGCUCUAUAGCAGAAAACACUGAAUGUAUUCAAACUAAGACAAUUCUACAAAGAAGGGGGUCACGAUGAUCCAAAGCAAUAAAAUAGAAUGAUUACCUGAUUCUUGAAGGCACUUGUUUUACAACUUAUAUAAGCAGUUGGCAAGGGACUGAUUUUCAUCCGUUUCUUUUCUUUUUUCUUAAUUAAAAAAAAAAUACUGUUAUCUUUAUCUGACGUCAAACUUUUAUGAGUGACAAAAAGCCAAAAAACAGAAGAAAUUUGUGAGGGGCAAAUACUUGCAAUACUCUACUUUUUUUUUUUUAUCCCUCAGUGAAAUAUAAACCACAUGUAUCUGGACAGAUGGUUUGAUCAUUCACUCUGUAUUUGCUGACCUAUUUUGUUAGGAUAAAUUAAAUGUUUGAAAAAAAAUCCUAAUAACUGUGUGAAACAGCGUGCCAAUUUGGACAUAUUCAGGAAAUCAGUAUCAUUUCCGUGGCAUGCCCCGGCAAAUUCAUUUACCGUAAGGGAGUAGUAGUUCAGCAUCAAGUGUUCAAGGCCACCUCGCAUUCUUCGAAAUGUAAAUGGAAAAGAACAGCCUGAUCCUGGCAGGAGCUAAAUGUCAAAUAUUCUCCCAAAUACA